AUGCUGCCAAAUUUCCUGCAAAGCAGUUACCGUCGCUACAAGGAUGAUACCAAUAGUUUUGCAACUUGGCUACUUGAAGCAGCUGGCAAAUGUGGCUACCGACCCACCACACUUCCCUCUACCGCGGCUUCCCACAAUCGAGGAAAAAGCAAGAGCAAGAACAAUGCAGUGAAUUCUAAUCCAGUGCAGUACAGCGCGAGUCUUAAAGAUCUUCAAAUAUUUGCCGAAAUAAUUGCAAAGUCUUCUCUUGCUGUGCCCGAGCCUGUACUUAUCAUUGCGAAACGAGCGAUCAAGCUGAGGAAAGAGGUCACUUCUUGGUUUUUGGGACAAGGCAACUCCGACAACAACAACAAGCGGCACUCUCAUUUCAUCUCGGUGUUGGAAGAUAUUUGCGAUAGUCUUGAAUGGAAAAUCAAAAAACCCUUGAACCCAGAUGGCCAAGGAUCACCUUCGACCCCUGGAACCAGUCCCAAUGCCGACAUCGACACAUUCAUGAACAAAUUUGCGGUCCUUACAGUCGAGGAACCGGAGGAACAUGACCCGAAUGAAACGCCUUCUACUGAACGGAAGGAAUUAGUGAAGGUAGAAGUCAUUGAAAAUGUCGAGGAAGAGUCAGACGAUGCCUUUGUCAGCCAUCUCUUCUUCAAAGCAUGUUGCUUGUUUCAAGAUCUACAAAUGAUGCGGGAAACCAUCUCCCAAACCUGGUCAGAUUAUCGAGACUUGAAAAUUGAUCUCAUGAAUGCCGCUGUCGUCACUGAUAGCGCUUUACAGAUUGCGCGAGAUCUGGUGGAGGAAGUAGUGGCUGACUGUCGUACUUCAAAGUUCUCACCCGGUGAUAAAUUUCAAGAAUUCUUUUUCGGCAUUGCCUGCAUCGCAAACGGCAGCCCUACAACCCCGUCCUUGGAGAUCGGGCUGCCAUACAAUGAGCACAUGGAUGAAGUGGCACACUGGUGUUAUUUGCCAACUAGGGUUAUCCUAGGUUCAUUUGCCGAGGUUUUGAAAGUUAAUGAUUCUCCAGUCAUCAAGAAAGGACAUUUUGGUCCUUAUGAUGCAAAAGCAGACAGACAAAAGAUGACCCUGGAUCAAAAAUUCAACGAGGAUAAAAUCAUUCUUUGCGAGCUACUACCAGAAUUCGCCCGGUAUUCCGCGUUGAAAGUCGAGUUGCCUGCCUCUGAUGCCAUUACUGAAGGCCUGAUGGAAUUUUCGAAGACCAAGGUUGUUACUCCCUGGAUUUGCUUUGCUUCCCAGAUCCUCCUGGAUGUUCAUCACAUCAUGCGCUACAGCACUUUGGGUGCGUUUGCAGACCUGCGGAUGACAGGAUUGCGUAUCCAAAGAACCAUUACGGAAUACUUCAAAAUAUCUCAAUCGCACCCUCAGCCCAAAUUCUGGCCGAAAGAGGCCGAUGACGAGAUCAGGGCGGUACAACUAUGCGUGGAGUCGUUUAUCAUUCAGGACCAGGUCUGGGCCGUUCUCAGUAUGGAAAUGGCGAGACUCGGUAAACCCCUUCCCGAGAAGCAUGCUCUUUUUUCAGGGCAUGCCAUUCUAUGUGGUGUAAACAUGUUCCAUCUUAACGUUCGGAUGCAAGUUCUUGGCCAGUCGCUCGUCACUCAAUGGUAUGAUGUCCAACAAUUGGCAUUCUUGUACAACCUCGUUACUCAAUAUCCUGCCAUGAAAUUGCGCUGGCCUGAUAUGGACACUUUGAUUAAGAUUCACGGCGAGUCUCAAAUCUUUGUUGGCUCUCGACCUAAAAACGCAAGUGAAUCGUUGAACAGGCUUGAGUUAGCCACGGGCAUCGCAUCUCCCGCCAACUUUGCCCGCGAUUCACGUCGCAGACGUGAGGGAUCAUUUGCUCGCCCUAAUGGUAAAUCUGCCAGAGUACUUGAGCCAACAACUACAAUCGCAAACAUAUUUCGGGCCCAAUAUAUGCGCGAGUCAGAGGAGAAAGUCAACAGUAUUGCCAACAUCGAAAAGGUCCUCGAAAGGAUUUUUGAGGAAUCAAGUCCCCACGCUACGAGCGGGGAGAUACAGCCAUCCAAUGCCGAAGCAAUGUUCCAUCGGAGGUGGUGUAGAACCCACAACAUCAACACUUUGCAACUUCUCGCCUUUGUAAAGAGCCGGUUAUUCGAAGAAGAGCCCGUUCUCUUGUUCAACUACUUUGGGAUGCACAAACGCUCAAUCGAAUUGUUGAGACUGAUCAAAGCCAAAGAACACCACAAGUUUGUCCAAUAUUUCACGCCUGCCUACAUGCCUGAUGAUAGCAUGAUAUCGAACAUUGUCAUUCUUGUUCAUCACGUUGCGCGAGGCUCGGCAGAAAGUGCGCGUCAAAUGGGAAUUCCGAGCCAGUUUAGCCGUAUUGUCAACAGCUGCGGUGAAGUUAUGCAGCAAUAUCUCCAGAAGAAUGGAGACACGGGAUGCAAAGAGUUGCUGGUCUUUUGCAAGAACAAAAAUCCAAUUCGAGAUCAAGAGCGUGUUGAAAAAGGCGAGACUGAGAAAUUUGAGUGGUAUACACUGGAAGACCUUGUGGGUACUAAGGCUGUCGCCUCGCUCAUGACUGGAAUUCCAGUCGCCCACGCUAGAUAA